CCUAGUGCAAGUUUUAAACUUGCGGUGGUAGGUGGGAGGUAUUGGACUCGUGCGCAGUAUCAAUCGGUCGCUUUUGAGCCUGGGCUAGAAAGGGAGUUAGUCGGAGCAGACGAGCCUGGUUGUGAAAAGUUAGUGCUGUGUGGUUCGAGGCUGGACCAUGGCUUCGCGAGUUACCCGGAACACGAAGGUCAACGUAGAGAACAAAACCAAGCCUGUCAUGGCAGCUAGCAAGCGGGGGGUUGUUGCUGCCAAGCCUGGCUUGAGGCCUAGGACUGCCUUGGGAGACAUUGGCAAUAAGGCAUGUGAACCGAAGUCCAAGGACCUAGCGAAAAAGGAAAUAUUGAAACCUGCAGUUUCGGACAAAGUUACCACUCGAAAAGCCAUCAGAGCUGCUGAAAAGGCAACUGAGCCUGUGAAGGAAGAAAAGCCAAUCUUGGAACCUGUUAAGUUGGAGUCUCCAUCCCCAAGCCCAAUGGAGACUUCUGGUUGUGCACCAGCAGAGGAAGUGCUGUGCCAGGCCUUCUCAGAUGUUCUGCUUGAAGUGAGAGAUGUCGAUACAGAUGAUGCUUCUGAUCCAAACCUCUGCAGUGAAUACGUGAAGGAUAUCUACAACUACCUGAAGGAACUUGAGGGUCAGCAGUCAGUGAGACCAAACUACUUGUCAGGCCAGGAAGUUACUGGAAACAUGCGCGCAAUCCUAAUUGACUGGCUUGUCCAGGUCCAGAUGAAAUUCAAACUCUUGCAAGAGACCAUGUACAUGACUGUUGCCAUUAUUGAUCGCUUUCUGCAGAACAACAAAGUUGCUAAGAGGAUGCUGCAGCUGGUUGGUGUAACAGCCAUGUUCAUUGCCAGCAAAUAUGAAGAAAUGUUUCCUCCAGAAAUUGGUGACUUUGCCUUUGUGACAGAUCACACUUACACCAAUCUUCAGAUCAGACAAAUGGAGAUGAAGAUCCUAAGAUCUCUGGACUUCAAACUUGGUCGCCCUCUCCCAUUGCAUUUCCUAAGGAGGGCAUCAAAAAUUGGAGAGGCAGAUAUACAGCAACACACUCUGGCAAAAUAUUUGAUGGAACUCUCACUGGUGGAUUAUGAAAUGGUACACUAUUCUCCCUCUCAAAUUGCUGCUGCAGCCUUUUGCUUAUCUACUAAAGUACUAGAUGAGGGAGAAUGGACACCAACUUUACAACACUACAUGUACUAUGCUGAGAAUGCUCUUAUUCCUGUUAUGCAGCAUAUGGCAAAGAAUGUUCUGUUGGUAAACAGAGGCAUUGCAAAGCAUAUGACUGUCAAGAACAAAUAUGCCAGCAGCAAGCAUGCUAAGAUCAGCACCCUUCCAGCACUGAACUCCGCAGUUGUACAGGACCUAGCUAAACCACUCUUGAAAUGAACCUAAUUUAACUUAUCUGACCAAGUUGACACCAUGUGUCACUACGUAAGUGUGUAUAUUAUAAAUAUAUUGUCAUUAUAAAAGUUUUAAUAAACUUAUUUUUUACCUUAA